AUGGGCGGCAGGGUGACGUCAGGUCUGGGUGCCGCUGUCGAUGGAGCCGGGGGUACCUCAGCUGGCUCGUCGGGCUUCCACGCCUUAGCUGGCUCGUCAGGAUUCCACGCCUCAGCUGGCUCGUCGGGCUACCACGCCUCAGCUGGCUCAUCGGGCUACCACGCCUCAGCUGGCUCGUCGGGCUACCACGCCUCAGCUGGCUCGUCGGGCUACCACGCCUCAGCUGCUGGCUCGUCGGGCUUCCAUGCCUCAGCUGGCUCGUCGGGCUUCCACGCCUCAGCUGGCUCGUCGGACUUCCACGCCUUAGCUGGCUUGAGAGAUUUCCUUGCCUCGGUUGGCUUGGCAGGCACCCAUCCCACAUCUGCCUGCGGUUAG